AUGCAGUCGUCAUCACCUCCCGUGAAUAUCACAGGUGUUGUGAACCUGUCCGAUCUGGGAAUCAACUCGAAGGACUUCCGCUUUGGAGUCCUCACUAUGGAAUCGGACAAAUACGUUGCUGUGAGGGAACAGGCAGCUGAUGGGUCGGUCCAGGUUAUCACGGUUGAUAUGCACGAUAACAAUAAGGUUAGCAGGAGACCUAUGAAGGCUGAGGCGGUCGUGAUGAAUCCCGUGGAUAAUAUCAUCGCACUUAAGGGUCGAGUGGAGGGCAAUACGGGUCAUUUCUUGCAAGUUUUCAACUUGGGAACGAAGGAGAAACUCGGGUCCCAUCAGUUUUCAAAUGAGCACAUAGUUUUCUGGAGAUGGAUCACACCUAGAUGUCUAGCACUGGUUGGGGAUAGAUCUGUGUAUCAUUGGACCUUCGAUAGCGCCAACUCGGCCCCUGUGAAAGUUUUUGAUAGAGCCGGCAAGUUGGCUGAGAACACUACUCAGAUCAUCGCCUACGCCACCAACAGCUCUCAAACGUGGUGUGUGCUCUCUGGUAUUUCCACUCCCGAUGGGGGCAGGACCAUCGAGGGCUCUCUCCAGCUGUUCUCAGUCGAGAGGAAACAACAACAGCUACUUGAGGGGCAUGCUGCUAAUUUUGCUGAUGCUCCUGUGGAUGACAGUGGCGAGGCUAUCGGACUGUUCAGUUUCAUGGAGAGGAAAUCAGGUAGUCUGAUCCAGGCUACUGCAUUGUUUUUUAUCACUGGUGGUAGGCAUGGUAUGGUGUAUGUGCUGACUAAGGGGGGUUAUGCCUUUGUAUUUGAUAUUGGCAGCGGAGCGUUGUUGUUCAGAAACAAGGUAUCUCAGGAUAGCAUAUUCAUUGCUACUUACAGUGACGAAACUGGUGGAGUCCGGUUUGUUAACCGAGGUGGACACGUUAUUAACUUUGCUGUUAAUGUGGACACCAUCGUCCAGUACAUCAUCAACAACAUGCCCCAGGACGUGGCCUUCAACCUUGCCAGACGCUAUGGUUUACCUGGUGCACAGGAGAUGUUCCAACAACAGUUCACUCGAUACUUCGCAGCGGGUGAUUACAAACAGGCCGCUCGAAUCGCUGCCCAGGAUGCUUCUGGGUCCUUGAGGUCGCCAACUACCAUUCAGAAGUUCAAAAAUGCUCCGGCGGUUCCCGGCCAAAGCACACCCCUACUCCAGUACUUCUCGGCUCUUUUGGAGAGUGGACAUAAGCUGAAUGAGAGCGAAUCAAUGGAGCUCGUCGGUCCCGUUGUGGCGCAGGGUCGUAAGGAGUUCAUCGAGAAGUGGUUGAGCGAGGAUAAGCUGACCUGCACCGAACAACUAGGGGACAUGGUCAAGCCCCUGGACACAAAGCUCGCCCUGUCGGUCUUCCUCCGAGCCCAAUGCCACGAUAAGGUCAUUGCAUGCUUCGUGGCUGCUGGUGAGUACGAGAAGGUGGUCCAGUACGUGAAGAGAGUUAACUAUGCUAAUGCUGAUUACGGUGGGAUGCUGAGGACGAUCGUUGCCACUAACCCUGAGGGAGCGGUGAAGUUUGCUAAGGGUCUGCUGGACAACAACCCGCCUCUGAUUGAUAUCAACAAGGUCGUGGACUCAUUCAUGGCUCUUGGAAAGCUCCAGGAGACGACGUCAGUGCUCUUGGAUUACCUUAAGGAUGAUAAGCCUGAGCAAGGACAGCUGCAGACCAGACUGUUAGAGAUGAACCUUAUGCAGGCCCCUCAGGUGGCAGAGGCUAUAUUCCAAAUGAACAUGUUGAGCCACUAUGAUCGUCAGCACAUCGCUAUGAUGUGUGAGAAGGCUGGUAUGUAUCAGCGAGCGUUGGAGCACUACACGGACAUCUCCGAUAUAAGGCGUUGCAUGUUGCAUUCACACGAUAUGUCUCCUGAGUUCCUCACCAACUACAUUGGGAAGGUUCUUGGAAACGGUACGGAGAAUUCAAAGGGUGUGGCUUUGGAGUUGAUCGAGGAUAUGCUGCGUUAUAACAGACAGCAAAACACCCAGGUUGUUGUACAAGUGGCCAUCAAGUACCACGAGCAGUUGGAAGUUAAUAAGCUGGUGGCAAUUUUCGAGAAGUAUCAAUGUUGGGAGGGAAUGUUCUUUUUCUUGGGCGGGAUACUGUCGAGCAGUCAAGAUCCCGAUGUCCACUUCAAAUAUAUAGAGGCAGCUGCUAAGCUGGGUCAUAUGCAGGAGGUUGAGAGGGUUGUUCGAGAGAGUCAAUACUAUGACCCUGUGAAGGUGAAGGACUUCCUUAAGGAGGCUAAACUGCAGGACCCGAGACCACUUAUUUAUGUCUGUGAUAUGCAUGGCUAUGUGGAGGAGCUUACUGACUACCUCUAUUCAAACAACCUUAUGAAGUAUAUCGAGGUUUACGUGACCAAGGUGAAUCCAUUGAACUGUCCCACUGUAGUCGGGACGUUGAUCGAUAGAGACUGCUCUGAGGACUACAUAAAGAACAGCAUCCUCGGCAAUGUCCGGUCUCUGUGCCCAGUGGAACCCCUUGUAGAGACUGUCGAGAAGCGUAACAGGCUACGUCUGCUGCAGCCUUGGUUAGAAGCUCGUCUGGCUGAGGGCAAUCAGGAGCCAUCUCUACAUAAUGCUCUUGCGAAGAUCUACAUAGACUCCAAUAAGGACCCCGAGGCUUUCCUCAAGAACGACUCUUACUAUGACUCAGCCGUAGUAGGUGCCUACUGCGAGGAUCGUGACCCUCAUCUAGCCUAUAUUGCCUAUAAGAGAGCUUGGGGGACUUGUGAUGACCAACUCCUUCGUGUCACCAACAACAACGGUCUGUUCCGUCUCCAGGCCAGGUAUCUAGUGGAGCGACAGAGUCCCGAGUUAUGGGCUAAGGCUUUGGCUGAUGAUAACCAGCAUAGGAGGCAUGUCAUUGACCAGGUCGUCAGUACGGCUUUGCCGGAGAGCAAGAAUGCUGAUGAGGUUACUGCAGCUGUGAAGGCAUUCAUAGACGCCGAUCUACCUAAUGAGCUUAUCGAGCUUUUGGAGAAGAUAGUUCUGCACAACUCAGACUUCUCUGACAACAGAACGCUGCAGAACCUGUUGAUCCUCACAGCGAUCAAGGCGGACAAGUCUCGUGUGAUGGACUAUGUGCAUCGUCUUGAUAACUAUGAUGGUCCUGAGAUUGCUCUCAUCGCUAUGGGGGAUCCUUAUAAUCUAUAUGAGGAAGCCUUCGAGAUCUACAAGAAGUGUGGUAUGAAUGCCGAGGCUAUGGAUACACUACUCACCAACUUGGACGAUGAUGAGGGCUCUGGCUUAGAGAGAGCUAAGGACUUUGCUAGCAGGGUCAACGAGCCUCAGGUUUGGUAUAAGCUGGGAGCCGCACAGCUUCGACAUGGCGUGUGUGCUAUGAUACCCGAGGCUAUCGAUAGUUAUAUUAAGGCUGGUGAUGCUACUGACUAUAUGGAGGUCAUCGCAGUAGCAGAGCGUGAGGAGUGCUAUAAUGAUCUGAUCAAGUAUCUCCGUAUGGCUCGGACCAAGCAAAAGGACAGCUACAUCGAUUCGGAGUUGCUUUACUCGUUGGCCAAGUGUGACGAUAGAAUGGACGAGCUUGAGGACUUCCUCGAUGCCACUAAUACUGCUAAUGUCCAGAGUGUUGGUGAUCGUCUCUAUGGGGAACGGCUCUAUAAAGCGGCUAAGGUGCUUUUCCAGUCUAUACCAAACAACGCCAAAUUGGCGUCCUGUUAUGUCAACUUGGGCGACUUCUCGGCCGCUAUCGAGGCUGCUAAGAAGGCGAAGAACCCCCGCACUUGGAAGGAGAUCUGCUUUGCCUGUGUUGCUGCUGAAGACUUCCGCUCAGCUCAGACUGCUGGUUUGCAUAUCAUCAUCCAUCCUGACCAUCUAGAAGAGGUUAUUGAGGUAUACGAGAAUGCUCAACGUUUCGAGGAGUUGAUGGCCUUGCUGGAACUGGGCAUCACAAAUUCUGAUGAGGCUCACUACGGCAUGUUCACCGAGCUUGGAAUUUUAUAUGCGAAGCAUAAGAAGGGUAAGUUGAUGGACUUUGUCAAGAGUAACACAUCUAGACUCAACAUACCUAAGCUCAUAAGGCGUGUGAGGCGACUCCUUUGGAAAGAGGCUGUGUACCUGUACGUAUCGUAUGAUGAGUACGACUCAGCUGCUAACACCAUCAUUCAGCACAGCCCUACGGCGUGGUCACAGGAUUUAUUCCAAUCAGUGAUGAGUAAGGUCUCCAACUCCGAGAUCUACUACAGGGCUAUCAACUUCUACCUCGACGAGCAUCCUCUACUAUUGAGCGACUUGCUGGUCGCGAUCCAGGCCAAGUUGGAUCACGCUCGUGUGGUCCAGCAUGUCCGUAAGGCAGGCCAUUUGCCCUUGAUACAGGACUACAUGGCCGCAGUACAGCCCAAUGCCAACAUACCCCAGGUCAAUGAAGCGUUGAAUGAAUUGUUGGUAGAGGAGGAAGAUGUGGACAGUCUUCGCAGCUCCAUCGAGCACUACGAUAACUUCGACCAGAUCGCUCUCGCCCAGAAGUUGGAGAAUCAUCACCUCAUUCAAAUGCGCCGAAUCGCCUCUACUUUGUACAACCAGAACGGGAGGUUUAAGCAAAGCAUUGAGCUUUCGAAGAAGGACGGUAUGUUCACUGAUGCUAUGGAGUCUGCCAGAGAGAGCGGCAGCCGAGACCUCGCUGAGGGCCUCUUGCGCUACUUCGCAACCUCCGAAGAUGUACCAUGUGGCCGCGAAUGCUUCUCGGCGUGUCUGUACACCUGUUAUGAGCUGCUGAGGCCUGAUGUAGUGAUGGAGCUAGCUUGGAAGAAGGGCUACAUGGACUUUGCUAUGCCGUAUAUGAUUCAGUUGAUGAGGGAUUAUUCCAACAGGAUCGAGUCUCUUGAAAAGAAGACGGAAUCGUUGGCUGAAGACAAGAAGUCAGCUCCUAACGAUUUCGUGGAGUCCAAUCCUCUUGGUCUUGGUGGACCUGGUGGUCACUUGGCAUUGAUGGGCCCAGGCGGUGCUACCCCGUCAUCAUCCCCCCAGCUUGGCGGUGUGAUUCAGGGAAAUUUCGGUGGGAUCCCGAGCUCGAUGGGCGCUAUGGGAGCGAGCGGCAAUAUUACGCCUCCCACUUUCCCGCCUCGCCAACCCUCGUCGACGUCGAAUCUUGGAAACUUCCAGCCCCCUACUUUCCGAUGAAAGUUAAAGUGUACACACCCGGAACUGUGUAGUUCUAGUUAUGGUGUAGUGUUGAGGAAGUAGACUAUUUUCCAUUCGCAA